AUGGCCUCGUCCUCGAGCGGCGGCGGCGGCGGCGGCGGCCACGCGUCGUUCGACCCGUACGCGGACCUCGGCCUGAAGCGAGGCGCGACGGACGAGGAGGUCAAGUCCGCGUUUCGAAGGCUCGCGCGCGCGUACCAUCCGGACGCGGGCGGCGCCUCGACCGCGGAAUCGCGCGCGGCGUUCAACCGGAUAACGUCCGCGCGAAACCGGCUGCUGUACGCGGGACGCGGCGCCGGCGGCGCCGCGGGCCAAGGCGGGUUCGCGCGCGGCCACGGCGUCCAACACGCGCCGUAUCGACCGCGCGUCUCCAACUGGCAGUUCGCCGCGGUGCUGACGCUGCCGCUGUGCCUCAUGGGCGUCGUCUCGAGCUGGGCGUUCCCGAGCGACCACGCGCGCGCGCCGAACGCGGAGAUCGGCCGCUUGAACGGGCUGAUGAACCCCCCGGUGAACCCGUGGUUGCGAGAGGACGACGACGACGAGAGGGAGGAGAGGAGGCGGAGGAGGGCGCCGGUGUCGGAGCGCGUCUUGAGGCGGAUGGCGCCGAUGUUUCGACGGGGCGACGACCCGGACUGA